ACCUGCUUAUUUAAAAAAAAUGAAGGGGUCAAAACCUAUAUUUACAAAACAAUGGGGGUCAAAACUCCAAAUAAACAAAAUAUUAAUCAAAAUCCAAAUUUUUAAUCUUGCGGGUUCCGCCGCCGUAGGUUGUAUUCCUCCGGCGAAAACAAAACCACCCAAAAUAAACACUUUCAUGAAUAGCCCUCUUCAAAUUCGAUUAACCCAAUUCCUUCUCCAACAAACCCUAGACCCCAACAAAUGGAGCCUCAUGAUCCGGCACGCGUCGGCCGCCGCCCCUUUAAAGGCGCUGUCUUUGUUCCGGGAAAUGCGGGCCGCCGCCGGAGACGACCCUUUCGUUUACGCUUCUCUGAUUAAGGCUUGUAAUAAAUCCCAUGCUUUUCUCGAAGGUAAGUCGGUGCACUCCCGUGUUAUUCGGCUCGGAUUGGAUUCCAAUGUGAAUGUUUCGAACGGCCUCGUUAGUUUCUACAUGGGUUCGGCGAAUUUGAUUGGUUAUGCUGACGUCAUGUUUGAUGCUGUUUUGGAGAAGAGUGUUGUUAGUGUUAACUGUAUGAUAUCUGGGAAUGUUGAUAGGGGUAAAUUUGAUGUGGGUCUGAGUUUGUUUGUUCGAAUGUUGGCCGGUUGUUUCGGGUCGAAUGUGAGGCCCGAUUAUGUUACUUUCGUGAUUUUAGUAUCCGGUUGCGCCAAAUUCGGCGGGUAUAGAGAUGGGAAUGCGCUUCGUUGCUGCUGUUUUAAAAUGGGGUUGGGAAAUAAUAUCGAAAUACGCAACGCGCUUAUUGAUAUGUACGCGAAAUUCGGACGUAUAUCCGAUGCGGAAAGUGUAUUUAGUGACGUGGCGGUGCAAAAGGAUUUGGUUUCUUGGAAUUCUUUGAUGUGGGGGUAUGCUAGUAGUGGCGAUUUCGAGAGUGCGUUUUCGUUGUUCGGACGAAUGAGGAUCGAGGGUGUGGGUCCCGAUAGAGUGUCUUUUAGUUGCUUGUUGUCUUCUUGCAGAGACCUUCGUUUGGGUGCGAUGAUACAUGCUCGUGUAAAAUCGAAUGGGCUUGAGUUCGAUGUUUCUGUAGGGACUGCUUUGAUUAACAUGUAUGCAAAUUGCAGAAAAAUCGAGUUGGCGAGGAAAUUUUUCGAUGAAAUACCGAAGACAAAUAUUGAAUAUUGGAACACUAUGAUACACGCGUAUGUCAAUAACGGGCUUGCUAACGAGGGUUUAAAGCUAUUCGAUCAAAUCAAGCCCGGAGAAUUAGACCCCGAUGAAGUAACCCUCUUGGGAUUAAUUACGGCUUGUCGUGAUAUAGGGGAAUUAAAUAAAGGUAUUCUUGUACAUUCUAUGGUGGAGAAUGACGAGUUUUUCAAACGAAGUACAGUUUUGGGAAAUGCUCUUAUUGAUAUGUACGCAAAAUGCGGGACCACCGCGAAAGCUAGAGGUGUUUUCGAUGGUAUGCGUAAGAAAGACGUUGUUUCUUGGACUUCGAUGGUAGUGGCGUACGCACUAAACGGGGAAGGAGAAAAAUCCGUCGCUAUUUUCAAACAAAUGCGCGACAAGAAUUUCGUUCCUAAUUCCGUCACGUUCAUCGGAGUUCUGUCGGCGUGCAGCCAUUCCGGUCUUGUCGACGAAGGGAGGAGAUUGUACGAAAUGAUGUGCGAUGUGUACAAUAUCGAACCGGAGAUUGAGCAUUGUGGGUGCAUGGUGGACAUGUUUGCUAGAGCCGGGAGAAUCGAAGAUGCUCGGGUAUUUAUAGGGAAUAUGCCGAUGGAAGCUAGUGCGCGUUUUUGGAGGAUGUUGGUCAACGGUUGUAGGGUUAACGGGGAGAUCGGUUUAGGGUUGAGGUUUGUUGGUGGGCUGAAAGAACUAGCAGGUUCUAAUGAGAGUGAAGAUUUCGUGAUUUCGUCGAAUGUGUAUGCCGAAGCUGGGAGAUGGGGCGACGUGGUUUCUCGUCGAGAGUUUAUGGUUGUCGAGAAAGGUUCGAAAGUGGCGGGAAAAAGUUUUGUCUCUAAUUAGCUGACAAAGUGAAUAUAAUUAUAACAGAAGGAUCUUGCUAAAUGGUCUGUUUUUGUUGUCAAAAAUCAAACAUAGAUUCAAUAAAUGACGAUUUUACCCUUAU